AUGGAGGACAUGGCAGCAGGAAACCAUUGUACAGUGACUGAGUUCUUCUUGGCUGGGCUUUCAGAGAAACCAGAACUCCAGAUGCCUCUCUUCCUUCUCUUCAUAGGAAUCUAUGUGGUCACUGUAUUGGGGAAUUUAGGCAUGAUCAUAUUGAUUGGGCUCAGUUCCCAUCUGCACAACCCCAUGUAUUAUUUCCUCAGCAGCCUGUCAUUCAUUGAUUUCUGUCAGUCCACGGUUGUUACCCCUAAAAUGCUGGUGAGCUUUGUGAUAGAGAAGAACCUCAUCUCCUACUCUGGAUGCAUGACUCAGCUCUAUUUCUUCCUUAUUUUUGCCAUUGCAGAGUGUUACAUAUUAGCUGCAAUGGCAUAUGACAGAUAUGUUGCCAUUUGUAACCCCUUACUUUACAGUGUAACCAUGUCUUAUAAGAUUUACAUUUCCCUGAUUUCAGGAGUGUAUAUUAUUGGUGUUCUGUGUGCAUCAGCUCACACAGGCUUCAUGAUUAGGAUUCAAUUCUGCAAAUUAGAUGUGAUUAACCACUAUUUCUGUGACCUUCUUCCCCUCUUGAAGCUUGCAUGCUCUAGUACCUAUAUCAAUGAAUUGUUGAUUCUAUUUUUUGGUACAUUGAACAUCUUUAUUCCAAUCCUUACCAUUAUUACUUCCUAUAUCUUCAUUAUUGCUAGUAUCCUCCGCAUUCAGUCUACUGAAGGCAGGUCCAAAGCCUUCAGCACCUGCAGUUCCCACAUCUUAGCUGUUGGUGUCUUCUUUGGAUCUUUAGGAUUCAUGUACCUGCAGCCAUCAUCAGUGAAUUCGAUGGACCAAGGGAAAGUGUCAUCCGUGUUUUAUACCAUUAUUGUACCCAUGCUGAACCCCAUGAUCUACAGUCUGAGAAAUAAGGAUGUCAGUGUUGCCUUUAAGAAAAUACUUGAAAGAAUCUUCUCAUGCGAUGAAAACUAG